UAGAGGAAGCGAAAACAGGAGGUCUCCCUCUGCUCUAACUUCAGGCCACCAAAGGGUUUGUUUUACACACAGUGUCACGUGACCUGUCAUAAUGUAGGCUGCUCUGUUUUUUCAGAUUAUUAGCAUAGACUGUAUAUAUAAAGAUUAUUAGUCAACUCAUAUUAUUGAAACAUUCUAUAUGACUGAUACAUUCUAUAUUACUGAUUAAUUAACACAUCAGGAGACGACACAGAUCAAACCAUCAGACUCAUGUGCAGCUGAACUCUGGUAGAUCCUGAAAAUCAGAGAGACGGGACUUCUCAUUAUAUAGCCCACACCGAGUGAGAGUCACUGUGAAUAGACGAUCUCUGGCUCCAGCAGCCAUACUGACAGUGGCUGUGCCUGUGACAGAUGAAGGCUCAAGACCAAGGACUGUAAAUAAAGACGCUGCUGCUGUCCACUGACUCACAGCCAACAGACAUGACCGACUUCACCACGCUUCUACUGCAGGAGAGCGUCUGACGGGAGGAACCACACCGGCAGACACAUCCCCCACAGCGGCUGUGUGUCGGUGUCCGCUCGGCCGCGAAGGUUCCAGCAGCAGCGGAGUAACACACCGACAGGUAUGUCCUCCUCCGCGGGGGGAAAGAAGCACGUUCGGUUCGCCAGCAUUGAGGAGGAGGAGGAUGAAAACGAGCAGGAGGAGGACACCCUGUUCGACAAGAGGAAGGACGGCGGCUCCGGGCGAGGACUGAAGAGCGCGCUGAAGGCGGUCAAGAGGGCGACGAACCCGGGAUGCGACGACCGGGUGCAGGUGGUCGGCGGAGGGAGGGGCGGGUCCGGAGCGUGCGGCCGCUGGAUGCUCACCCUGCUUCUCUCCGCUUCCUUCCUGGGCCUGGGGAUGAGUAUCUCAGUUCUUGGCCCCACGUUUGAAGACCUGGCUGUGAAUGUGAAGAAGAACAUCAGCAACCUGUCCUACAUCUUCGUCGGUCGCUCUGCAGGAUACAUAGGAGGAUCCCUCGUAGGGGGCCUUCUCUUCGAUUGCAUGAGCCCCCACCUGCUGCUUGGUUUAUCGAUGCUGGUCACAUCCUUUGGAAUGUGUGCUAUCCCGUUCUGUACCCAGGCCUUGCUCCUCACCCUGCUCAUGUCCAGCAUUGGGAUGUCUAUGGGCGUUCUGGACACAGGUGGGAACGUGCUCAUCCUGCAGACCUGGGGUGAGCAGGGAGGCCCUCACAUGCAGGCUCUUCACUUCAGCUUUGCUGCUGGGGCCUUUGUGUCUCCAAUCAUAGCAAAGAUGCUGUUUGGGCCAGAUGGAAACAGCAGCAUGGGACCCACACCAACCAAUUCAACACCUCCUGCCGCCACAGAACAAAUCCCUACAGUCUCUGAUGCUCACACAUUCAUCAGCUUCAUCAACAGCAGGAGCAGCACCCUCAAGUCUAUGUGGUCCUACAUUGUGAUCGGCUCUUUUGUCGGUCUCAUCUCGUUCCUCUUCUUCUUCCUCUACACCCGCAGCAGCAUGUCCCGUGACAAAGCUCGCACGUCGUCAGGAAAGCCCCUGGUGGCCAAGCACCACACCGCUCUUGUGGUCCUGCUCUUCUUCUUUUUCUUUGGCUACGUAGGUGCUGAGGUGGCAUACGGGACCUUCAUCUUCAACUUCGCCAAGGACUACGCACACAUGCAACAGUCACAAGCAGCCGGUUUGAAUUCGUUGUUCUGGGCAACGUUUGCUGCCGGUCGAGGGCUUGCCAUCUUCUUUGCGGCGUGUGCGUACCCGGGGACCCUGAUCCUGUUCAGCCUGGUGGGCUCCACCAUCUCCUCGCUGCUCCUCUGCCUCUUCAGCACGGAGAAAGUAGUCUUGUGGGUUUGCACUGGUCUCUAUGGAGCCUCCAUGUCCACGAUCUUCCCCAGUGGCAUCUCCUGGAUGGAGCAGUACACCACAGUGACGGGCAACACAGCAGCAGUGUUUGUGGUGGGCUCAGCACUGGGUGAGAUGGUGCUGCCCGCUCUUGUAGGCUUCCUGGGAAAGUUCUACCAUUACCCCUUACUGAUGUACCUGUCACUCAUCACUGCCACCUUCACCUCCAUCCUCUUCCCUGUCAUGUACAAGCUGGCCUCUGCCCCAAAUGGCCAGAGCAGGAAACCCCGCACCACGGGUCGAACCGAAGCUGACGACAGCGAAUUCCGUCAGGCGCUGCUGGAUUCAGAAGCCAAUGAUGAAGAAGAGGAGGAGGAGGAGCCAGACAUGGAGGCGGAUCAGUGGAAUGAUGCAGACUUUGAGGUGAUUGAGAUGGACGACACAGCGAGUCUCCUGAGUUCACCCAGCAAGGCUUUGUCUCCCCCCGAUGUCAGCGGUGGGAUGGAGCCUAUGUCCGCAGGAGCAGCCUCCUCCUCAGACUCCAUCUUGCUGGUAGGAGACUCCCCCAGACGCAAGCUGCUGCUCUCAGACAGAGAGAAGAGAGACUGAACUGAAAACACUUCAAUAUACUUCUGAUCGUUCACAGAACAUCGGCAGCUUCAAGUCUUAAAACGGCUGGAUGAAGGUUCUGAAGUCUGUGACACUACGAGUUUUUUUAAUUGUGAAGGACUUUGCGUCGACCUGCUCCUUCCACAAUGAGGUCAAAGGUCAGGGUCAGCUAUUGAACAGAAGCCAUAGGGCUGGUAGGAAUUCAGUGCCUUGCUCAAGGACGGAUGAGCAGAGUGAAUGAGUUUAGCCAUGGACACGUAUCCUCUUCAUCCUCAUGCUGCCAAAAACUGAUGUCUUAAAACUGGAAUUUGAUUUUGCACUUCUGCAUUGAAUGUGUGACGGUGAUGGUUGUUUACGUGUUGUAUGCACUUCUGUAAUUGGCAGUUUUUGUUAUGUCCUGUUAAGUGUCCGGUGGCGGGUGGUUCUUUAACCAUGUGUUGUUACUGUGACUCAUGAAGUUUUUUAAUGAACUAAAUCAUUGAAAGAAAACGUUCAGAUACAUUGACUUUUUAUUAUAUCAAUCUCAAACCUCCACCUACAGCAAUGUCCAUUAAAAACACAGAAACGACUCCUUCAUAAUCACUAUUUACAAUUUAUACAAAUAGACAGAUCCUGUGUAUGGCUGUAUGUAGAACUGAACAUCAGGACUUUACAGAGUUUGAUGACAGCUUUUUUUCUGCACAGAAAAUUGGUAAUGUACACAAAACCAUAUGCACAGGGAAAUAAUACUCUUCAUGACAUACAUUAUCAAAAUACAGUAUUGCAACAGUCCCAGAUUUAAAAAAAACUGAAAUAGUAUCAGUUUCCACUCUGAAGAGAGUUUGACGAGUCAAAUCUGUCAAAAUGGACAUCAGUACAAUCGAGGUGAAAUGAAUGAAAAACAGAACGCAUAAAGACAGUUUGAUUGCCUUCAUGGCCAGAGCAAGAGUUUCUCUGGUGCUAGUGAACAGCGGGGUCACAGAUGGAGAUGUACAGGAAGUAUUUACAUGCCUGCAGUCGUCAUAUAGAAAUGCAGAGUGUUGUCUUGAGAUUUGUAGCCCUCCCACACUCAGGAGGCUCAAACCAGACAGACUGCAAAUGCAGAAAAACUGUUGAAUAGCAAGUAGCAGUUACAGGACGAUGAAAACCCAUCAGGGUUUAAUCAAAGCACCAUUUUAACUAUACAACUGAAUUGACAAUCCAACACUGAGAUGGGGUGGGGGCAACAGUUAGCACCAAAUCAGCAAAGAGCAUUGUGUUCAGGAGCCAAUCAGAACUGCUCCAGCAGCUGUCGGAGGUAGGGGGCCUUGGAGAGCUGUCUGUUGACCCGGGCCAGCUUGUAAAGGACAGGACAGUCCAGGGACACACAGGGAACCUGCCGCUCUGCACAGCCGCUGCAGUUCCUGCACACCUGCAGAAAAACACACAUAUAUACACACUCGAUGAGGGAGGUCGGACUCCAGAGGCUAUGAUGAAGUUUACACUUUAUAUAUUCACAUAGAUCUGAAAGGUGUUUGAAUCCACAGUUAUACUGGUGUUUCCUCCAAACCACUGUCCAAACAACCCUCUGAGAUAAGGUCAGAGAUCAGUAAGAACAAAGACUUAAAAACACUUGCUGUAAAAAGACAAGAUGAACUGUUAGAAAAGAAGGGAGUAUCCCACUCUGAGGCUACAUCCACACCGCUACGACUUAGUUUUAGAACGCAUCACUGCUGCUAAGUUUACGCCUGAUAUUUAAACAAUCCUGGAGUUUUUGAGUGCCUCAAAUAGAAAAGUCUGGAAACAUUGUUGGCCCAACUUUAGUUUGAAAACUCUGGGGCUGCUACAUGAGGCAUUCGGAAACGAUGACGCAACUACCCACAUUCGCUCCCUGAUUGGUUCAAGGAAAACUGGUUAAUGGACCAACCUUGUAAAAACUUAACUUUCAGUUACAGUCCCACCUAAUGAUCAAAUCCUGUCCUCUCCCCCACCGUGUUCUGACAGAAAUGCUGUAUGUAAAACACAGACUCUAAUGACUUACACAAGAAUGAUAGACUUCCUUCGCUUCAUCUCAAAUCUCUACAUUACAGUUAAGGCCAAGGACAUGAGGGUGGAGCUGCAGGGUUCUGUGUCUGAUUGACUUCUAGUCAUAUCGAACCCUGUUGUUUAAAGUCCAGUAAGCAGCAGAGCUUGAAGGACACUUGCUACUCUUAGUUUUUAAGUGCCGGCUGUGGCUCAAGGGGGUAGACCAGUCAUCCUCGAACCGGAAGGUCCGCUUCUGCAUGCCGAAGUGUCCUUGGGCAAGAUGACUGAAGACUGAACCCCAAAAGUGUCCCACAAUAGUGCGACAUAAAUAUGCCCUUUCUGAAUGGUUGAAACUGUACUGUAAAGCACUUUGAGUGGUCAUCAAACCUUGAAAAGCGCUUUAUAAAUACAGACCGUUUAUGUGUGUGUUUCAUUUAUUAUUCCUUUGUUUGGAUGUUUGUGAUUCACUGUGCAGAUGUGUGUGUUUAUACAUCUCCAGAGUUCAGUGCAUGUCUGAAAACAGCUUAACUUAGCAGCCAAUCACAGUCUACUAUGCAACGUGCACAAGGGUGAUGCGAAAACCUUCAAUGAACAUGAACAUUUUCCGCAGUUAAAUUAUUGUAAAUAAAAGUAUUCUCUAUUUUUCAAUAUGGGAGAAGUAGAUAAAACAACUUUAAAUAAUAAUUUCCCAUAUAAUCUAAGUAUUAAUCAUUGAAAGGAUCCAUAUUGCUAUAUCUUGAAACAACUACAAGCAGUGGAUCUUGAGCAAGAGGAUCGGUCCCCUCAGGUCCAGCCUCUCACCUUCAGCAGCUGGUCCUGCUGACUCUCCCACUGCCUGAUGUCCUGGUAGAGUGUGACAGCAACUCUCUGGGGUUCAGCACGACACCGCGAGCACACGCCCAGCUGGGUCAGCUCGUCACACACGGGGCAAUGGAGCGUGGUGAAGUACUGAGAAAUGGUUCCCUUUCUCCCCGCUUCCUCUCCUCCGGCACCUGCAGAGCAGGAGGCUUUCUGGAUCUGGAGAGAGAUGAAGGACACAUGUUACAAAAAAACCUGAAUAUCAUUAAAAAACUGAUGCUUUA